GCAAGGAGGGCGGGGCUCCGAUCUCUCCCCCAGCAGGUUGCCCUAGUGCUGGCUUAGAUUGAACUAGCUUCACUCUAGAAUCCCAGCCCGUGCUCGGUCUGAUCAGCCUGUGCUGUUUCACAAACACCUACUCCAAGCUAGGUGCUGAGUUUACAGUCUGAAUGAACAGUUGCAGGUUGUAAGUGCUUGGAAGGAAACGAACUGGGUGCUGAUUUGGGAGAUAGUGAAGUCUAAAGAAGUGAUCUUUAAGCGGAAAUCUGAAGUAUGGAGAGAGGCAACCCGGAGAUCUGGAAGCCCAGGGAGUAUUUCAAGCAGAGGCAGUAAUGGGCUAAGUCCCUGAGGUGGGAGCUAGGAAGAAGUACAGUGAAAGUUAGAGUACAAAAUAAAGUUAGAGGGAUAGAGUGGAACUAGGUUCUGUAGGGCCUUGAGGGUCAUGAUGGGGAUUUUUUUUUUCUAUACAGUAGCAAAACAUUUCUGUUCCGUUACCAUGUGUAGAAAACAUUGAAGGCUUAUAAACAAGUUAGAAUCAUGAAUAGGCCCUGGUUCUCUUUAGAAAAUGUGUUUAAUUUGGAAGCUCAAGAGAUUGCAUUGUAUUAAUAAAUGUAUUUAAUUUGGAAUUUCAAGAGAUUAUAUUAUUUGUAUUAGGGAGUGACUUAAGGGGGAUUUAAGAGAACUUAUGGUUCAGUGUGGCAAACAAGGGAGAGGAAAAUGUCAAGGGUAACUCUUAGGUUUCUUACUUGAGCAGUGAAGUAGACGAUGUGCCAUUGGCUGAGAUGAGGGACCAUAGGGGAGGGGAAAAUAGUAUGUUGUUUGUGGGUGGUUUGCAGUAGAAAUAUAGAGAAUGAUGUUUUGUACAUAUUAAGUGUAAGGUGCCUGUUAGACACAUAAUUAGAGGUGUCAGAUAAGCAGUUAUACACAGAUUUGGAGCCCAAGGAGAAAUUCAUAAUGGAGACACGAUUUGGGAGUACUAAGCAUAAAAAGCCAGGAGAUUGGAUGAGACCACCCAGGGAGAAGUGUGGAGAGAGAAGGGAAGUUCACCAGGACAAAGAUUUGAGGAAUGCUGACAUUUUAGAUGUUGGUCUAUAAGAAAAUGUCGUUUGAACUGAAUUUGAGAAAAACGGGUAGGAAUUGUGUUGGCAGAGAGAAUGGCUUUAAACUUCACUAUGCUGAUAAAGGAUAAUGAGAAAGAUCGGCUCCUCUGUCGUGUGGAUGAGUGAGGUGAAAUAGGUCCACAUUUUGAAUGACUGAAUGCCUGAGUUGGAACUUUUUCCUGAAGGCAGUGGGAAAGCUUUGAAGCUAUCGGAGCAUGGAAAUGACGUGAAAUAGGUUUGCUAGUGGAAGAUUAAUCAGGCCACAGAAAGUGGCUCAAGAUAGAUUAGAUCUAAAGAAAACAGUCUGAGCAAGAGGUAACCAGAGCCCGAAUGGGGUAAUAGAAGGAAAGGACAAAGGGGCCAAUUCUGAGAGACACUAUGGAAUGUGAUGACUGGUUAUGAAUUGCAUUUGCGGAGUGCAAGAAGCAAAUCCUGAAAAGUUACAUAUUGUAGAAUUCCAUGUAUAUGAAUGACAUUCUGGAAAAGGCAAAACAGGAAUGAAAACCUGAUUGGUGGCAGUCAGGGAAGAAGUUGAUUACAAAGGAGCAGCACCAAGGGAUUUUUUAGAGGGAUAGGACUUCUCUGUAAGAUACUGUGGUAGUGGAUACAUGACUCUUAGCUGUUUGUUGAAGCCCAUAGAAUUAUACACCAGGAAGAGUGAAGUUGACUAUAUGCCCAUUUAACAAACCUGCCAGCAUUUCUGAGGCUGGAAUGCAGACUGUGACAAUCAGUUAAGCUAUAUUAUAAACAUACAACGUCACUAAAGAGAAUGAGGGAGUGAAGGGGUGAUCUAAGUAGCUUUUUUUUUUUUGAAACGAAGUCUCACUAUGUCAUCCAGGCUGGAAUGCAGUGGUGCAAUUUCAGCUCGCUGCAGCCUCCUGGGUUCAAGUGAUUCUCUUGCCUCAUCCUCCUGAGUAGCAGGAUUGCAUGUGUGCCCGACCAUGCCCAGCUAAUUUAUGUAUUUUUUGUAGAGACAGGGUUUAGCCAGGCUGGUCUUGUACUCCUGACCUCAGGUAACUCACCCGCUUAACCCUCCCAGAGUGCUGGGAUUACAGGCAUGAGCCACUACACUUGGCCCUAAGUCGUUUUGUUUUUUUUUUUAAAAAAAAAAACAGAACAGGGUCUCUGUUGCCCAGAUUGGAGUGGAGUGGCACAAUCAUGACUCUCUGCAGCAUCUAUUUCCUUAAAUUAAGCCCUUCUCCUGCCUCAGCUUCCCAAGUACAUGGGACUACAGGCGUGCACUGCCACACCAGACUAAUUUUUAAAUUUUUUUUCUAGAGAUGAGGUCUUGCUAUGUUGGCAAGGCUGGUCUCAAAUUUCUGGUCUCAAUGAUCCACACUCCUUGGCCUCCCAAAGUAUUGUGAUUACAGGUGUGAGCUACCAUGCAAGCCUCUAAGUAACUUUAGAAAAAUGUUUUAAAUGGCCACAAAAAAGAACUGUACAUCAACACUGUACUGUCAUUGUAAAUUUGUUUCUCGUGGGGUACAGGUUAGCAAUUCUGAAACCAUACGUGUAUAGUAGGGUUGAACAUAGGUAUAAUAAGUUGUAGAUGGUGGGAAGCAAGUUGCUCACUGUCAGAGAAAGAAGUUACACAUGAGCAAGAGGAGAUGCCUGGAAUAAAAUCUGUGGUGCUCGAUUAGGUUUGGAGACAUCAAUACGAGCUUCAUGUUAUUUUAAUAGAUAUAAAAAUAAAUAUAGGUAUGUGCAUAUGCAUAGGUUAAUAUACAUAUAUGUAUUUCCUGAGUCUGUCUGCUGAAAGGACUUAGAAACAGGGAUACCUCAGUGACAACAAGCACACCUAGCACCCACAUCUUGGUUUUUAAAUACCCUUCUCAAUGAAAGAAACCAGGAUUCCUUAGAGAAGUGGCUGAUUUCAGGGCUAGGUUAAGGAAAAUACAGAAUGAACCUGGAGCUAGUGCCAGGAAAUGAGGCUGUGCGUUAAAAAACAAAGUAAAACGUGGGCCAUGACAGAAGGACACAGAAGCAACCUGAAAAACUCCCACUAUCUGGAGCUGAAAUUAUUUGAGCAACAAAACAACAAUGGUAAUGGAUUAUAACCAAGGAAUGAAAUAAAUGUCUGAGACUAUAUGAUACAAGUAAAUAGAUGGAAAAGAUGGGACAAGUCUUCCCUACAGAAAAGUUCAAAAUAACAAACGUAAAAAUAAUAAGGGAAAUAGAAGAUCAUCAUUUAAACAAACGCAGUCAUUGCUGCAGGCAAAGUCCACUGACUAAUGCUAAAGUUAGCAGAGUUGCUGCAAUGGAAGUCAAAGGGAAAAAGCAAUUCACAGGAAAGAGUACAAAGACAUCACAAGAAAAACCCAGAUUUCAUAAAAAUAGUGAUUCUGGUUCUUCAAAGAAAUUUCCAAGAAAAGUUGCUAAGGAAGGUGGAUCUAAAAUCACAUCUAACAACUUUGAGAAAAAUAUCACAAAACCUGGGAAAAAGGGUGUGAAACAAUUCAAGAAUAAGCAGCAAGGGGACAAAUCACCAAAGAACAAAUUCCAGAAGGCAAAUAAAUUCAACAAGAAGAGAAAAUUUCAGCCAGAUAGUAAAAGCGAUGAAUCAGCAGCCAAGAAACCCAAAUGGGAUGACUUCAAAAAGAAGAAGAAGGAACUGAAGCAAAGCAGACAACUCAGUGAUAAAACCAACUAUGACAUUGUUGUUCGGGCAAAGCAGAUUUGGGAGAUUUUAAGAAGAAAAGACUGUGACAAAGAAAAAAGAGUAAAGUUAAUGAGUGACUUGCAGAAGUUGAUUCAAGGGAAAAUUAAAACUAUUGCAUUCGCACAUGAUUCAACUCGUGUGAUCCAGUGUUACAUUCAGUAUGGUGAUGACAAACAGAGAAAACAGGCUUUUGAAGAAUUGCAAGGUGAUUUGAUUGAAUUAAGUAAAGCAAAAUAUUCCAGAAAUAUUGUUAAGAAAUUUCUUAUGUAUGGAAGUAAACCACAAAUUGCAGAGAUAAUCAGAAGUUUUAAAGGCCACGUGAGGAAGAUGCUGCGGCAUGCGGAAGCGUCAGCCAUCGUGGAGUAUGCAUACAAUGACAAAGCCAUUUUGGAGCAGAGGAACAUGCUGACGGAAGAGCUCUAUGGGAACACAUUUCAGCUUUACAAGUCAGCAGAUCACCCAACUCUGGACAAAGUGUUAGAGGUACGGCCAGAAAAAUUAGAGCUUAUUAUGGAUGAAAUGAAACAGAUUCUAACUCCAAUGGCCCAAAAGGAAGCUGUGAUUAAGCACUCUCUGGUGCAUAAAGUAUUCUUGGACUUUUUUACCUAUGCGCCCCCCAAACUCAGAUCAGAAAUGAUUGAAGCCAUCCGCGAAGCGGUGGUAUACCUGGCACACACACACGAUGGCGCCAGAGUGGCCAUGCACUGCCUGUGGCACGGUACCCCCAAGGACAGGAAAGUGAUUGUGAAAACAAUGAAGACUUACAUUGAAAAGGUGGCUAAUGGCCAGUACUCCCAUUUGGUUUUACUGGCGGCAUUUGAUUGUAUUGAUGAUACCAAGCUUGUGAAGCAGAUAAUCGUAUCAGAAAUUAUCAGUUCAUUGCCUAGCAUAGUAAAUGACAAAUAUGGAAGGAAGGUCCUAUUGUACUUACUAAGCCCCAGAGAUCCUGCACAUACAGUUCGAGAAAUCAUUGAAGUUCUGCAAAAAGGAGAUGGAAAUGCACACAGUAAGAAAGACACAGAGGUCCGCAGACGGGAACUCCUAGAAUCCAUUUCUCCAGCUUUGUUAAGCUACCUGCAAGAACACACCCAAGAGGUGGUGCUAGAUAAGUCUGCCUGUGUGUUGGUGUCUGACAUUCUGGGAUCUGCCACUGGAGAUGUUCAGCCUGCCAUGAAUGCCAUCGCCAGCUUGGCAGCAACAGAACUGCAUCCUGGUGGCAAGGACGGAGAGCUUCACAUUGCAGAACACCCUGCAGGACAUCUAGUUCUGAAGUGGUUAAUAGAGCAAGAUAAAAAGAUGAAAGAAAAUGGGAGAGAAGGUUGUUUUGCAAAAACACUUGUAGAGCAUGUCGGUAUGAAGAGCCUAAAGUCUUGGGCUAGCAUAAAUCGAGGUGCCAUUAUUCUUUCCAGCCUCCUCCAGAGUUGCGACCCAGAAGUUGCAAACAAAGUCAAAGCUGCACUGAAAAGCUUGAUUCCUGCAUUAGAAAAAACCAAAAGCACCAGCAAAGGAGUAGAAGCUCUGCUUGAAAAACUGACUACAUAGGUGGAAAGAGUUAAGAGCAAGAUGGACUCAUUUGUGCUGUUCUCUGUUCUGUUUGCCAAUGCAGAAAAGAAGGGCUAGGGUGCACCAUACUGGUAAUUGGGGUGCUCUGUAUAUGUGUUUCUUUGUUUAUGAAUCUAUUUAUAUAAAUUGUUUUAAAAAAUGGUCUU